AUGAACCAAUCUCGCGUACAAUCGCCAGCACCUCACUCUUCUUCUAAAUUCUUUCAUCCCUACUUUACUCCAGCAGAGACCGAAUAUCUUUCGGAGAAACAACGCGGAAAGCUGUCCGUGACGCAGGAAGAACGCGUGAGGCAAAAUGCCUGCAACUUCAUUGAUACUCUCGGCGCACGCGUUGGAUUCCCGCGACGGACGAUUGCAACGGCGCAAAACCUGUACCACCGAUUUCAUCUCUUUUUCCCGCGUAAAGACUUCAACUAUGUCGAGGUUUCCCUUGCUGCACUAUACGUUUCGACCAAAAUGCAUGACACCUUGAAGAAGACGCGGGAGCUGCUAGCAGUGUCUUAUGCCAUCCGUUUCCCUGAGUUGGUCGCGAAAUCGAAGCACCCAGCCGGCAUCGUUGAUGUGGACAGCAUGGACCCUACCAUCGUCGAGAACGACAGGCAGAGGGUGUUGUCUAUUGAGCGGUUACUGCUGGAAACUAUCUGCUUCAAUUUUACGUCGCGGAUGCCCUUUCCGUAUGUAAUCAAGUUGGGCAAAGCAUUUGGAGCCAGCAAACAACUAACCAAGCUAGCCUGGCGGCUGACGAUUGAUUGCCAUCGUACCCUAGUACCGUUGCAAUUCCCCCCUCACAUCGUGGCUCUUGCUGCUCUCUAUAGUGCGGCCUUGCUCUCGUCGUUUGAACAGCCAGACGGGGAUAAAUCUGCCCAUGAGAUUGCGGAGGCUCUGGGUAGGAACGGCGACUGGGAGGAAAAAUAUCAGGUCCAGGUGGAUGAUCUUGAAGCCAUUGCGCAUACCUUGUUGGACAUGCUAAUUCAAGGGGCCCAAACACAAACACUCAAUACUUCACCCCGCACGCCCUCAUCACCGUCCACAAACCCAUCGCCUCGUACUUCACACCCUCUGGUUGAACCACAACCAUCGACGAUCCAAUGGAAUACGGAUCAGCUCAUACGAUUAAAAAUUGCGUUACGAGCAGCUGAGCACCCGCAAAGGCAACGCCAGCCUCUAGGAAGUGCAGACCCGAGUGCGCUUUACAGCGGUGACGACAUUGACUUGUUGGGAAGAAGUGAAGGGACUGUCAGGUUCUUAUUUGGCCCUCCAGGUACAAGCGACGAUUUUUAG